UGCCUAAAUUUUGAUUUUGGUACGAAAAGCUUUCUUUUACAAUUUUGAAAAAACCUCUUUGAAACUUCGUUGCCUCUCAAUUCUCUCUCCGUUUUUUCUAUUUCAAGCUUCAGCUUUCUCUGAAAGCCUCUUUUCAUCACUCGGUGGGUUCUUCAGCGAAGAGCUAGGGUUUCUUUGCCUUUUGGUUUUCUUGGAUGAAUUAGAUGAGGGGGAAAGGAGUAUUAAGAGAACAUUCUCACAGGAGAAGUUCUUCGAAGAAGAAAACACUGAAUGCUGGAAAGGUCAAAGGGAGACCUGAGAAUGUUGAGUUCAUUGUUCUUGAUGAUGAUAGUGAUAUUACAGUCAACCCCGUUGAGUCUUCAAAACAGCAAUUUGAAAGUUACAAUGUGCCGAGAGAAGAUAAGAAAUUGUCGUUUGAAGGCGUCAUAACAAUAGAUGAUGACGAGGAUACUGAUGUGGAUCUUGGAAUCUGUGUUGAUGGCGAUGGGGACUUGGUUAGUGACGCUAGCUCAAGCAAAAGUGAAUGUCCUGCAUUUAGAACUGUGCGGAAUUCUAUGAACUCAGAUAUUGAUGAAUGUCGGAUUAUCUGGGAAAAGGCCUCUGCAUUUCAGUUCUCAAAGUGCAAGCAAACCUACUGCACCAAAGCUCCUGGAAGAAAUUGUUAUGGUUUGGAUCCUGCCUCUGAUAAUGGCUCAACUGACAGUGAUUGUUCUGAUUGUGAGCUAGUGGAAGAUUCUUUUAUACUCCGUCAACAGUGGCAAAGAGCUUCACUUAGGAGAAAACAUGACCUAAAUCAUCAUUCUGGUGCAGAGGAUCAGACUAGUGCUUCUGGGUCUAAUGGUGACGUUCAUGCAAAUGCUGACGAAGAAAAUGGUAGAGAAGAGCAAGUCCCUGUUUGUUCUAGUUCAAGCAAUGCAGCUUAUCAGAAAGAAAAUGUUUCGGAGUUCUUUGCAAGUGAUGGUGGCUAUGCAGAGACUACUUCUUUCAAACCCGCAUCAGAUGGUUCAUUUAUGGAUUAUCAUAAAGGUGAGCGAGAAAGUUUUCCUUCUUGGAAACCUGUGUCAGUCCAGGAAACAGAAUCCUUUCAUGGAAAUGCAGAUUUUCAUCCUGAAGGAUGCACAGUUGCAGGAGAUCCUCGUUGUGGUUGUAAUUGUCAAAGUAACAAAAAUGUUUUUGCUGGCAUCUCCGGUUAUGGGAAUGAAGCAGAACCAAGUCCCCAAGAAUCAUUUCAGCCUCGAGGAGGUUUUGUUGCCGAAGAUCCUAAUUGUUUCUACAAUGGUAAAACUUACAAAAAUGUCCGUGAUGAUAUUCCUGGUUUUUGUAAUGUAAAAGAACCUUGUGCCCAAGGGUCUCCCGUUAUGUGGUUUGAACAAGAAGCGGGUGGGAAACAAUAUAUGCAUCCCAAAAUUACUUCAAAGGGAAAAGAGAAAAUAGACCCUGGACAAUCUUUUGUGUCAAACUCUAGACUGUUUGAUGAGGUACCGGUUGAUAAUGGUGUUUCUCUUCCAGAUGACAAAUUCGGAGAUGGUCCCGAAGAAUUUAUAUUUUGCCGCACCUCAGUUGAGGGCAACUUGGAAGGCUGCAGUGGAAAAGCUUCCUAUCAAGAUAGAGCGAGUGCAGAUUCUAAUGAGGCCUCUUUACGCAAGACUGCAAGUAAUCAAACAAAUUUUGACUGCGCUGAUUCUUCUAUUUUGGAAGCAAAGGAACCAAAUGACAAAAGUGGAUUGUUAGAUCCUCAAGCUGGUAAUGGUACGCUAUCUGUCGAAGGCAACCUAAUCAAUGAACGGGAAAAACUUAAGGACACUGAUGAAUACAAGAGAGCAAUAGACGAAGAAUGGGCAGCCAGGCAGCGAGAAUUGCAAAUUCAGUCAGAAGAAGCACAAAGGUUGCGUAAGAGAAGAAAAGCCGAAACCAUGCGCUUAUGUGACAUUGAAAGAAGGCAAAAGCAACGUAUUGAAGAAGUCAGAGAGACUCAAAAAAAGGAUGAAGAAAAUAUAAAUCUGAAGGAAAAGCUACGUGGUGAAAUAAGGCAGGAGAUUAGCAGAUUGGAAAUAACGUGCAUAGAUAUGGCUUCAUUGCUGCGUGGUUUGGGAAUCCAAGUUGCGGGUGGUUUCUGUCCUAUGUCUCAUGAUGUCCAUGCAGCUUAUAAACGAGCGCUGCUAAAAUUUCAUCCAGACCGGGCGUCAAAAACUGACAUCCGCCAACAGGUUGAAGCCGAGGAAAAAUUUAAGCUCAUUUCUCGCAUGAAGGAGAAGUUUUUAUCAACUUCAUGUUACUGAUUACUAAUAAAUGAUUUCUGUUGUUUUCCCAAUGGUACUCGUAUAUAUGGUCUGGGUAUGUGUUUUGCCUAGGAACUUUUCUUAUUCUAUGCGCUAGCUGCUAGCAAUUUAAUUAUCCAAAAAAAAAGAAGACAAAAAAAAAAAAGAGAGGACAACAUAUGAAAGAAAUUCUUUUGUACCCUGAUCAGGUGAACAAUCAGUGAUCUCUGACGCAUUUGUAAGCUUCCGUAGCUAGUGAAAAAAUAUUUGUUUUGGAGGUUGUCUCA